GAUUGUGGGAGAGGAGAGGGGCCGGCCGCAGCCUGUUUCUCCUCCCUCCCCUCCGCCCCUUUCUUCCCCUCCCCUCCCCCUCCCCCUCCCCCCCCCCCGCGCGCGCGUCCUCCGGCCAAGAUGUCUGACAUGGAGGAUGAUUUCAUGUGCGAUGAUGAGGAGGACUACGACCUGGUAAGGCUGAGGGGGUGGAGGCAGGCUGCGGCGGGGGAAAGGGAGGCCGGCCCCCGGCGGCGGGGGGAGGCCGAGCUUCCAGGCCGGGAGGGGGUCCUCCGGAGCCUCCCCUCGACUCCCUCAGGGAUGCUUCCCUCGCCUUCCUUUCAAGUGCAGUGACAAGGCCAGCCUGUUCCCCCCGCCUCAGAGGUGGGAAAGUGGGGCAGGCAGAGGAAGCUCGUGAGUGGGGAUAGUUCGAAGGGGGGGGGGGGACACCUACCUUCUCCGUGUCUCAUCCUGCCACCGGCACCCCCAGCCCAGUCAAAACCUGAGGCUGCAGGAGUAGGCCCCUUCUCGGGCCCAGCCAGAAGUCUGGGCCCCCUGUGAGUUAAAGAACCGUUUCUUUGGAUUUGGAGAGGCAGGGACGAAAGGGCUUAGGAGGGCCCUAGUAUUGUUCCCCUCCCCACCCUUAAAUGCCUUAACAUCGAAGAGGAGGGAGCCAGAAUCGGCCCCUUUCGGGUGCUUAGGGGUGAUCGCUGUCUCUGCCAGGGUCAGCUCAGAGACAAGGAGGUGAGAAACGGGUUAGCACACAGAUGCACUCCAACUGGGAUACACUGCAGUGGGAAACGGGCCUUUUCUGUAUAAUACUGGUUACUGCUUCAUGUGGUGUUUUUUCUUUUUUUUCCCCUGAGUGUGUGUGUGUACACACGUGUGUUUGCAGUAUGAAUCGGUCUGUGUUGCUGAAAGGGAACUCUUAAAAUUUAAGGCAGUGGCUAAGUUUAAUAGAUGUGAUAUUGCUGGGUUUUGUUUUUUUAAAAAAUUGUUUUGAAAUGUGUCAUGCAUCUCUUUUGGGUCAGGAUAUAUUGUCUGUUGUGUGUUCCUUAUCAUUUGUGUACUUGUGAUUACACAGAGGAAAACAGUUUUGAAAUUUUCAUAGAACUGUGUAGUUAUUUGCCGCCUGUGCAAUGAAGUUCUCCUGUUUUAAUAUAAAAUAUGGAAUACUAUUAGAUUGCCAUUCUAUGCAUGCUUGGUGGGAAUCAAUUUCCAAGAAGCCAUGCGUAGGAUUGAAUGAAAAGUCAUGCUUCUUCCUUUUAGCAACAGCUUAUGUGUAAUGUCAGUUUCUACAACUUCCUCAUGUCCAUAUAUCAUUUCAUUAUGAACUUAUUGUUUUAUUAUGGCCUUUCCAAAGAACAAUUCAAACAGAGAAGAAAUUACAAGCAUAGUCUUAAUCUCAAACUCUUGACUGUCAAUGUGUAUAUUUUUUCUCACAUCUAUAAACCCUUCAGAACACUGACAGAUAUGUUAUGGGUAUAUUAUAGUAUCCUGUACAAGCUCUGCCAAGGGGGAUAGGGUGACAGUUAUCUUAAUGAAGACCCAUAGUUCACAAGGUCCAGCUCCUGGCAUGUCAAGUUAAAAAGAUCUCAGGCAGCACAGCUAGGAAAGGUGCUUGUCUGUGACCUUGGAAGACUGCUGUCAGUCAGCAUAGACCACAGUAGAUUACGUACAUCUUGAUGUAUGAUAGUCACAGGUUUAGCAUUAUUAUAAAUAAGGUUUCUGUCAGUUUAUAACUUUUUGACAGAUAUGUAGACAGUCCAGUGUUUAAAAUUGCUAUAUUUUCCCGCUCCACAACUUUUCUAUGCAUAUUGACUUGAUUAUGGGAUGUGAACAGAUCACCUUUCCUCCUGUAGAAUGCAACAUAACCUUUACUUACAGAAUUAAGGAAUUAAUUAAGAUACCCAACAACCAUGUAGUGCAUCAGCACAGAUCUGGAGCUACUGUAAAUUAGCACAGUUUCAGUGUACAGUAGUUGAACUUUUCCACUUACACAAAAUUUUACAAGUGCUUUUUUUCAGAGAGCUGAACAACCUGUGAGAUAUUGCUAGACUACAACUCCCAUCAUCCCUGACUGCUGACCACAGGUUCCCCAUCUUUGAUCUAAACAUGUGUCCAUACUUUGCUGAUACAAGUAUCAUAAUCACUGCCCAGAUUUGCAGGUUGAGGAGAGUUUUGGGCAGAGAAUUUUAGUUGGAUCAAUGAACAAUCAUUCAAACUAACUUGUAGAGUGCUGAAUGGAUGAUUACAUUGUGAAUCAAGCAAAGAAAGAAAUAGAUGUCUACUAUACAGGUCCCUUUAUAAAUCAGUGUAGGAAACCUGUGCCUCUUCAGAUGUUGCUGGAACACAACUCACAUAAGAAUGUAAGAUGAGCAUGCUAGAUCAGUCCUGUUGCCCAUUUUAUCCAGCAUCCUGUUCUCACUAUGGCCAGCCAGAUGCCUGUGGGAAGUCUGCAAGCACAACAUGAGCACAACAGCACUCUGCCUACCUGUGAUUUCCAGCAACUGGUAUUCAGAGACAUAAUGCCUCAGAGCGUGGAGGUAGAACAUAGCCAUUAUGGCUAGUAGCCAUCAAUAGCCUUGUCCUCCCUGCAUUUGGCUAAUCCUUUUUUAAAGCCAUCCAAGUUGGUGGCAUCACUGUCUCUUAUGGGAGCAAGUUUCAUUAUUUAACUAUGUACAACAUGCUUUGUGGAGGGGGUACAGUUUGUUUUUAUUCAUGUUCCUGCAGGGUUAACAGCCACUUGCCGUGAUUGCUAAAUAGAACCUUCAUGUGCAGAAGCAGUUUGUCCUUGAAAACCAGGUGCUGGGGCAAGCAGGAGACGACUGUCUCUUUAAUGUCCUAUUUAUAAGCUUUCAGAAACAUCUGCCUGGGCCUUGCUGGAAACAGUGCUAGACCUUCUGAUCCAGCAAGGCAAUAAUAUUUAGAAGCACACCAUGCUUUUAAAUAAGCUUCAGACCACUGCUUCCUGAUACACUCUUUCACACCAGUAGCAUCCCCCCCCCCAAAAAAUACAUUCAUCUAUUGUCCAUUUCUUCAUAACUUUGCCUAGUUCAGGAAAAUGUGUUCACAGGUAGCUAUGCUUGUUCUGCAAAGCCGCCUCCCUCUCUCCUUGCAUUGGAGAUAAAAGUUAUCAGCAAGAGAGCACCAGUCACUUGUUAGGUAGGUGUAGUAGCAGUGGAAAAGCCCUCCUAACUUUCCCCCUAAUACAGCAUGAACUGAAAGUAUAUUGGAUAGGGAGAACUAAGCAUGUUCCUGGAUGGCAUUUAUUUUUCUUCCAUGCAAUUGACUUUUCUUGCCAUGUUACAAUACAGGAGGACAUAGUUUGGGUGUGUAGAUGUUUGCUGUAGGGUCAUUAUAGUAGAUAAAAUUAUUUGUAAGACAGGACUUCAACAGGUUAAGAAUCCAUUUCUGUUUAAUGGUGAUGCUGUGAUGUACCAAAGGGAUAUUUGAUGCUGCCCUUUCGAAAUGGAGGAGGAGGACACUGUUUCUCAAUCCCAGCAGUUGGAUUCUGAAAUAAGUAUUGAACAUCAAGUGUGUGUAUUUACCCUUAAAAGGUGGAAUUUGCAUAGUAACAGCUUUGCUUUCCACAGAUCAGUGAGCAUUCUUUAAGGAAAACUACAUUGCAGAGGCUUUUAAACAAAGCUGUACAAACCUAGAGUCAUCUUACAUAUAUGACUUUAAAAAGCAAUAUACCGUACUUCCCAAAACAAACUGACAUUCUUUGGAUAAGACAAAACUUUAAACAAAUGAUAAAGAAGCUAGUAGAAGCAUUUAACAGGAGAAUAAAUUCUAAUGUUAAUGUCUGUAUCAAUCAUGACUUGCACAGUUUUGCAUAAUGUUAUCUUCAGAAAAGGGAUAAGUUGAUGGCUUUUGUUCCUCUGAAAUGUGAUAGAUAGUGCCAAUGUUCAUUGGCUAAAUUUAUGCCUAACUUCAAACCCUUGUUCCUGUAACUCUCCCAGAACACCUACACUUUGCCAUCUGCAUGCAUUCAGCUUCAGUCUUCAUCCCCAACCAAAACCUAGCACAAUACCUAGAUGUGUCUACUCAUAAGAAAGUCCCACUGAGUCCAAUGUGGGUGUAGGAUUGCAGCCAUAGCGUGUGAAACUCACCUUGAUGCUUCUUUCUGUUUGUUGUCCGAACUUCCACACUGCUGAAAUCUAAAUUUGAAAUCUCCUUUUCACAGGGAUCUUUGUUUUGCUUCUGUUUCUUUGGAAAGUUCACAUACACUUAUAGUUCCACAUUAAUAACUAGUGAAAUGUUUGUUGCUACAGGUGUGGGUGGGGGGGUGUCAGUUUCAAGAGAGGGAUUAUAUAUUUAAAGAAGUGCACCACAUCUUCCUGCAGAAUCCUUGUCACCAAUAUCUAGACAGCUAAGGAUGGAGGGACAAGAUUUUAACUUUCUGUAAUCAUUUGUGUAGAUGACACACUUUCUUUUCCCAAGGAAAUGAAUGUCAAUCAUGCCACUAUAGCAGAAGGUAAAAGGAUGCAUUCAGAGACAUCACCAGGGUGAGAACUGAACCUGUUCCCCACCCCCGACAACUGUAGCCAUUAAGAAUUCAUCCUCUUUCUGUCUGGUUUUCCACUGUGAGAGCAAAAUGGUAGAUUUAAAAGGCUUUUGGUAUGAUCCAACAGGGCGGUUACAGCAGGUUAAUGGUUAAAGAUAACCAUACGUUCUGCAUAUGCAUGGCUAAGUUACGUGAAAGCUGACAAGAGAAGAUAGAUUAGGGAAUUUAUACCAGAGAACAAGGAAAAGAGAGUGAGGGUGUUCACUCCCAAUAUUUAGGAUAUUGUAUGUGAACCAGGUAUCCCUGUCUCCAAUGAACUUGACUAGUGCAAGAAUAGAAUGCCGUAAUGUGCAGAGUAAACUGCUACCAGUGAAAUGUAAUAUGUUUUUGCUCUCUGAAUAUUUUAUGCAAUUCCUUUUAUGUUGUGAUUGGACAAGGGGCAUGCUGACAUUUUAAAAAUGCCCAGGUUUAUCUCCCUGGCAACACAGCAACAAGUGAGGUUAAUGCCAUGUGCGUGUGUUGAUGACUUGGAGCUACGCUGCAUGCUGAGAAUGUCUGCCUCUUUCAAGCCAUAACUUCACUUACUGUUCUUUUUAAACUUCUCAAUCCACCAAACUGUCUUUGUGUGCCUAUGUCUUCAUGUUCAUGGAAAUAAAACUUAAGGUUGCCUUCUCAGGUUUAUACUUCUAGAGAGAAAUACUGUACUCUUGUGAACACAAGCACAAAUUUGAGGUGGGGUGUGUGGACUUGCCUCAAGGUUCAACCUGAUCUGUUUCAGAGGUGCUAUGUGUACAGUACAACUGAAUUAGAUCUGGUAAAAAUGAAGCUGUGCUUCUCCCUACCUUGCACUCAGCCCUCGUUCACUAUAAUUCAGAAUCUAAAAAUGCUUAUAGCUUUCCCACCUCUCUUCACAAAUGAAAUUUGUGGGUAUAGCAGCCCCUUCGAAGUGAGUUAAGCCUGCCAGUUUGUAGACUGAUACAUCCAGGGGUUUCCACACAGGUCACCUUUAAAGUUUGGGUUCUUCUUUUUACACUUUCAGCCGGAAUUGGAAGCAAUUUGCAGGCAUGGUUACCUAUUUUGAGGGAUUGGAGCCAGCUAAGUUUCAGAAUGACAGCUGCAGUAGUUUUCCGGUUGGGUACAAUAGAAAUUGUAGCGGGAAAGGGAGUGGUAGCGGGAAAAAGAGCAUGGAUCACCAGGAACAUCUGGGGUGGGGGAAUUCACCCCUAGUAAGGACUUUGUUACCUCAGAAAUUGUUGGUGGGCAGUGGGCUUUUGCCCCCCCAAAUAGUUUUUUGAGGAUAUAUCUUCAAUUCUGGGAGAAAGUGAUUUCUCCAUGGACUCGCGUGGGAAAAUGGUGUGGUGGAAAAACAGCUUCUUGCCACACACAUAGCAAGGACUGUGUUAUCCUAAGCUUGAAUGAUGGUGAUGGGGCUUCUGUGCCCCACUCCCAUGGAUUUUAGGGGAUACAUUGGAGCUUUCUUCAUUGACUUGCAAGUGGGGGGAAAAAACAAAUUUGUAAUCGCUUUCCCAAACCUCUGUGAUAAAAGAGCACGCUGGGGAAUUAAUCAUGAUUAAAAAGGUAGACCUGCCCAUCAAAAUAAAAGAUAUUCAGCCCUUCUAAAGGGAUAUUUCCUUAAACAGCUUGAUUUCAUUUCUCCACAAUGUGGUGGAACAACUGUGAUGCAUUUUUUAGACAGCCAAGGCUGCAAAGUGUCUUGGAAGUUCAAGAAGCCCCAGGUGUGACUGAAGAUGCCUUGUUAAUGGUGAGAUCUGACUCAGAAAUGUGAGAAUCUUCCCUGAACCAGUCCAGUUUGCCUCGUAAUUCAGGGUACACAGCUGAUGCACACUCCCGUUUUGAGGUAGUAACAAAAGAUAACCCCCAGUAGUCUCUCAAAGACCAGAUACUAUUAGUGAUUUGCAUUAACAUCUUCCAGUUAACAACCAUGGGUCUAAAACAAGCAUAGGCAAACUCUGGCCCUCCAGAUGUUUGGGACUACAAUUCCCAUCAUCCCUGACCACUGGUCCUGUUAGCUAGGGAUGAUGGGAAUUGUAGUCCCAAAUAUCUGGAGGGCUGGAGUUUGCCUAUGCCUGGUCUAAAUGAACUGGAAAACAUGCCUGAGAACUCAUUCUGGUCUUUAUUGCUUCACCAUUUUGCCCACAAUUCAAACAGUUAUCUGUGGAAGGUAGCUAUGCAUUAUGAUUCAGCAUCAACUAUAGGAUCACGUGUAGGGCUUUUUCCUUUUAUUAAGCUAAAGCUGUUACUAUUUUUGGCUGGAAUUUCUUUUGAGUAGAUCAAAAGUGUACUAGUAAAGACUGCUGCCCUUGCAUCUCAGCAUUAUGUGUACUUGUAUUUUGUUUGAAAUAUUUUUUUAAAAAAAUGUAAAAAUAACUCUUCUUAAGUCAAACUGUAGCAACAUAGGUUGAUGUCUGUCCCCCACUCCCCAACCCCCUGUUCUUAUCUUAUUUACAAAUCACUUAGUAUUUUUAAUGCUUUAACCUGCAUUAUUUCUUUCCACCCUUUGAACGUAGGAAUAUUCUGAAGACAGCAACUCUGAACCAAAUGUGGAUUUGGAGAAUCAGUACUAUAACUCUAAAGCCCUGAAGGAAGAUGACCCCAAAGCAGCACUCAGCAGUUUUCAGAAGGUUUAUAGUUUUUUGUUUCUUUAUAUUGCUACACAUGUUACUGUGUUAGUUUUAUGAUGUUAGCAGCCCUGAGCCCAGCUCCAGCUGGGGAGGGUGGGGUACAAAUAAAAAAACAUUAUUAUUAUUAUUAUUAUUAUUAUUAUUAUUUUCCAACUAAAUGUUUUCCUCCAAGUUUGUAAGAGCUUUCUGAUCUAUGGUGGCCUGAUGCAGCUGUAACUCUGCCCAUUAGUCUUGGGACAUUCGUCCUCAUUUCAUUAGCCAAUUAUGGCUAAUGCUUUGCUUUCUAACUCUAGAUGUUAUCAAACCAUAGUAUGAAGCAGGUUUGUAUAAUGUGGUCUGGGCUAAGCACUCCUAGUGUCAAUGUCAGUGCGGACAUAGGCAUGGUUCAUAUGUCAUGUUAAGCCAUAGUUUGGCUUAAUGCAGACAAGGAGCAUACACAUGCAUGCAGCUCAAAAGUUUCCAGGACUCCUCUCCUGCUGCUGCAGUGCCACAGACAGAAUAAGCCUAACUUACCAUGCUGUCCAGACCCAGGCUUGUGGUUUGUUUUCUUCAUUGCUUGGACAAUACCACAAGCCAGACUCCUGCUGGUUUCAUCCACUUAUGCACUACUCUGGUGGUUUCUUGAUUAUAUUUGCUUGUGAUAUGACUUUUUAAGUUGUUAAAGACACAUUAGUCUCAGAACAUAACGCAGGGGAGAAACUAAUACAUAUGCUUUUUUUGUGAAAUCUCAAGGUCUUUUUAAAAUUAUUUUUGUUCUAUAGCAGAAGGUUGAUCAGGAUCUUCUAGCAGAUCUCUAGGUGGCCCAUUCAUGUUCUGCAGUAUAUAUAAGUUCCAGUGCAGCCUAACUUGGAAUACUCAGUAAUAGGUCCAGAAUUCUUGAAUCGGUGACAAUUCCAAUAAUGCUUGAAAAGUUGCAUUGGAUGGGAUUUUUACAUGACAUGGUAAAUAUGAAACAUCACAGAAUCAGCAAAAUAGUGGGGAAGGAGUGAGUUCUUGAUGAAGAUUUAUCUAUGUCUUUGACCAUCACCAAGCUAUCAAGUUAGACAGCAGUGGGAGUUAGUAGAAUGACAACAUUGCAAAAGCAUUUCCGGACUGCCUUGGUAUAUUGUUAAAUAGGCUUCAGCAUAACUUAAUGAAAUUUACAGAUAUCUAGAAAAACAAUUAUCUUUGAUUUAUGUGGUUUUUUUAUAGGUUUUGGAGCUUGAAGGUGAAAAGGGAGAAUGGGGAUUCAAAGCAUUAAAACAGAUGAUAAAAAUAAAUUUCAAAUUGGUAAGCUGUAUACUGUUUUUCCUUGCUAUUUUUCUGUAUUUGAAAUUAAACCAUAUAAGUAGGCAGCAAGCCACUUUUAUCAAAUGGCAGUCUUCCUCCUUUCAUUUGCUUACAUGUACCCAAAAGGCACUUCAUUGCUGAUAUAACUCAGCAUUGCUGCAGUUGUCACAAGAUUGCUCUAUAAUGAAUAAAUUAAUAAAUGCAUAUGAGAGAUUUCCCAAACCAAUGUAUUUCUUGUACAAGUGUCUGUAUUUCUUUUUUUUUAAGUAAAAAAGUUGAUGCCCUCUUCAAACUAGCAAUAAACUAGUUUUCACAUAUACUGGCACUACUGCCUAUAACAGCGAACCUUAUCAUUGUAAAAGUAAUAAUAAAGCUUUAUACCUGUGGGUCUUAAUGCAUUAAACGUACAUAGAACCUGUUUCCAUCUUCCUUAAGUAUCCAUUAAUAUCCUGUAGGGAGAAAUAAUCUUGAAGACUUCGUAACACUAAUGUUUGAUUUAGCCUUACGUGAAUGAGACCUGAGCCUUCUUCCCCCCUCUCCUGCUUGGCAGCAAGAAUUAGAUUAUAAACUUUUGCUUCCCAUUUUAACUGCAAUUUAGCUUAUGUCAGAAUGCUAAAGAAUGGUUUUACUGAAAAAGCCAACUUCAUAAAUAAUGGUUUCUGAUUAUCUUGUUUCAAUAAUCUGUGGUUAAGAUUAAUCACAGUUUAGUGUUCAGAUGUAACAUAUUGUGGUAAAUGGAAAUGAACUCCUGUGCUGUUCUCACAACUAUAGAAGGUGAGUUGGUGGGGACUGCAUGAGCCCAAGGCUUGUGCACGUAACGCUACACCAAAGUUUAACGUUAGAUUGAAACUUUCACAGUGUGGUGGUCACAUUUAGAACUUUGAGAGAAUGACAUAAGGACCACAUGCUCUAGUUGCUUCUCUCCACCAGGUCACACAACAGACAGAAACACACACACAAUUCCAUUCCAUGGGUUCUUGGCAAAAGUUGGGUCCAGCAGAAUUAAUUUGCUUGGUUCUAUAUGAGUCCCCCCCCCCCCCCAGUGCUUUUCAGCACUGGAAAAACAUUGAUCUAAGGCAUGGACCCUUCUAGGUCUUCAAGAUUUUUACAUAGGACGACGACGACAAAAUCAUUAACAAAUCACAGAACACACAGGUGACCUAUGAUUGGAUGGUGGUUUUGUGGGAAUCCCUUGUAAAAAAAAAAUGUUGAGGAUGCAGAAAGAUCUCUACCUUGGAUCCAGGUUUUUGCAAUAUGGUAGCGCUGGACAGCAUCAGAUCUGUAAUUUUCAUAGUUCUGUUCAAUGGUGACAUGUCAUCUGUGAUUUGAUUAUGUUCAUGCAGGGAGAGGGAGACCAUGAAAAAUUGCAGUUUCAAAAUGAUCCAUUUUACUGUGUGCAUAUGCCUUAUUCUCUCUGUUGACACUUGUAGCACCCCACUGUCUACCCCCAGUCCCUCUGUUUUCCUCCUCUCAGAUUGCUGCUCUUUCCUUCCUCUCCACUUGGUCACUCCUCUUUCUGUUUAGCUGCUGUACUAAGUUUUGAAAGCACAUAGAAUUCAAAGUGUAUUGCUUUUACAAGAUUCCUCCUCCAACUUCAUGUCUUUUCGAGGAAAAAGGUAGCUACCCUCACCACAUUUGCAGGUAUCAGGGGAAGUUCAAGAGUACUGUUGCACCUGCAGAUGCCUCAUUGGUAAUCCUCCUAUAUAGUAUUUGUAUUACGUAACGUCAUUUUCUUCUAAAAUAUCUAAACUAUAUCACUCCCACUUUUCCAGCUGUGAGUAAUGUGCUCAUUCCAAAUGUAUGCACACUCUGUGGUUUUAAAAUUGCACACCUCUAGUUGCACAUGCAGUGUACCAAAAAUAUACACUUGUGUGAUUAUUUUGGAAUGCCACCAGUUAGACUCUGCUUCUAGUCCUAAAUGCUUAGUUGUUUUUUUCUCCCUUGCAGACUAACUUUCCUGAAAUGAUGAACAGAUAUAAACAACUAUUGACAUACAUACGGAGUGCAGUUACAAGGAAUUAUUCCGAAAAAUCCAUCAAUUCUAUUCUUGAUUAUAUCUCCACUUCCAAGCAGGUUAGAUUAUCCUUCCUUCCACUUUCUAGGUUUUGCACCUUUUUAAAAAAUGAACUUAGAGAAUAAUUGCACUGUUGCCUCUUGCUAGUCUCUCUCUCGCUAUCAGUAAAAUAGGUAGGGAGAGCACUGAGUUAGAUUUAUAAUUUAGAACUGCAGAUUUGUACUUCUCAAUCAUAGAGAAUGUUUUUGUUGUGAAUUUUCAUGGACUGAGCCCCUGUGUGCAAUUUAAUGUCACCUAGUGUUUCUCAUGAUGUCGUAUGAACUGUACUGAACUGAUAUUGGUGUAUCUGUUUUAGACUAUGCUCAGGAUGAGAGAGAGAAUAUGGGGAUUUCAACAGAGCCCUGUCAGCACUCAUUGAUUCCUUAACAGAACUCAGCAAAAAAACACCCCACCCUAAUCUAAUAUGUAACAAUGCAGUGCUCUUCUCUCUGCCCAUCAGAAAUGUGCAGGCUAUUUAAAAAAUGCUGAAGAAUGUUCUUGGAGGGGUUCUGCAGAAGGCCAUGAAAUCCUUGAGCCUUCCAGCUUUAUUGUUGUUGCUCUGUCAGCUAUACUUCAACAGGACAGUUCCAAAACACUAUCUCAGUUUUAAAACAGUUGGCAUCUGCAUGUACUAGGUUUUCAAAUCCCUGCCUGAUUGGGUUUGCUUCUAAAAGUUGGAUUGCAGAAGUAUUUUGAUUCUGCCAUGAGCUCUGUGUGACUUGCUUUCAUGGGCUGAGUUUUCUGGGGUCAGGAAGAGCUACCCUGGCCUGUGCCUUUCCAAGACACUUUGAAGAGCCGUUGCCUAGAGUUGUGAGUGAUAAAUAGCAUGACACAAGAGCUCUUGGCAGAAUCCCAGAGCCUUUUGAGAAAUCACUAUUUCUACUUUUGCAGCUAGAGAAUAGCUUGAGCAGUUAUGAAUGCUAAUAAAUCUCCCAUCCAAACGACUGACCAGGCAUAGGCAAACUCUGGCCCUCCAGAUUUUUGGGACUACAAUUCCAAUCAUCCCUGAUCACUGGUCCCGUUAGCUAGGGAUGAUGGGAAUUGUAGUUCCAAACAUCUGGAGCGCUGGAGUUUGCCUAUGCCUGGACUCUACAUUAUCCUCCUUUCACUACUAUGGCUGCUCUGUCAUCCCUGGUGCCUAAAGAAAGCAGCCAAUUAGGUUCCAACACAGUUGACUCAGUUUAGUGAGGGCCAAAAGAUGGGGAGAGGGGACGUUGCCACAGCUUUAUUCCCAUAAAGGGGGAGUAGAAUCUACAGCUUUCAGAGAAAUUGAGAGCCCAGGUGAGGGUACAUAAUUAUGCCCAAGAUAUGGUGGCACAUCUUAACUAUUAAGCAGAACUCCUUGGGAAAGAUAUUGGAAGUUAUUCUUUGUUAAGUUUUUCUCAAUAACAAAAGUAUGUAUGCCUUAAAUAGAUGUUACAAUGUAUAAGUUGUUGAUUUCUUCAUCUGAUGUAUUACAUACUGUAGUUUAAUCUUGCUCUUUGCGUAUGUUCAUGUUGACUUUAUUAACAGACACAAAUUUGCUGUUUACAAUUAUAGAAUUCUGAUUUUUUAUGCCAGAUGGAUUUGCUUCAGGAAUUUUAUGAGACAACACUUGAAGCUCUGAAAGAUGCUAAGAAUGAUAGAUUGUGGUUUAAGACAAACACAAAGGUAUAAUGGGCAAGGGGGAUUUUGUUUAAAAGUAUUUUUUUUUUAAGUGUGUGUUUAGAACUCACAGUGUGUUUUUAAAAAGCAACUUGUUGUUUACAGCUUGGCAAAUUAUAUUUAGAACGAGAAGAGUAUGGGAAACUACAGAAGAUUUUGCGCCAGCUCCAUCAGUCAUGCCAGGUAUGUUACAAUAUAUUUUCUAAACAGUUUUCAAAAUGUACUUAUUACAGGGGGGAUUUUAUUUUUUAUAAUGUGUUUUAUUAUGUUGUGAGUUGCCUUGGGACAACCCUAAAACGCAGCUUUUCAAUACUGAAUAAAACACCCAAAACUUGAUAAUGAGGUGGUUUGGCAAGCACCUCUGGAGAAAUGUUUCACAGUGAUUGUAUCACUACUAAGGUCCUAUAUUCAGCACUACAAAUCUAAAGUCCUAUAAAGACCGUACCCAAUACAAGGCAUCAUCCCCUUUCUGUCUCUGGUGAAUGUUGCAUAGAAGAAUGUGCUACAGAGAUGUGUACCAAGUUAGUUUUUCAGAUGCACUGUAUGCAGUGCCCUUGAAGAUGAUCCAGAAGCAUUUACUAGUUCCGAAUUCUGUUGCUGGCGAUGUCAGGACUCUGAUAAGUUGUUCAUUUGCAUUUGUUGCCAGUGUGUUUUUGGAGCCCAUCAAAGGUACUAGUUAUGAUCAAAGAAGCCCUAAAUAGCCUGAGUCACUAUAUCAGCUUACACAGAAAUAGACAUUAGUUUUGUAAUUGUUAUGGUUUGGCAAAACAGUAACAGGCUACAUAUUGUGCCGAGUUUUUGCUUUAUGCAUCUACAUUCAACUAAUGUGAUCAGUAGCAAAUGGUGACUAUUUUUUCUGUCCUUUUAGUAAGAUUAGGGUUUUUUAAAAAAUGUGUGUUGAUUUUUUAACCCAUGCAAGACACUACUUCAGUUUUCUGUCCCAGGAAAGCUUAUAUGGAAUGUGAGAUAAUACUAUGCUUUAAGUUCUGAUUACAGUAUAUUUAAGUGUGCAGGUUAAGAUUUUUAUGGCGAAGAGAGUCGUAAUUUCUUUCCCAAUUUACAGUGCACAUCUUUCUUCCUUUUUGUUAGACUGAUGAUGGAGAAGACGACCUUAAGAAGGGUACCCAGCUAUUGGAAAUAUAUGCUUUGGAAAUUCAAAUGUAUACAGCACAGAAAAAUAAUAAAAAACUUAAAGCACUAUAUGAACAGUCAUUGCACAUCAAGUCUGCCAUCCCCCAUCCACUGAUCAUGGGGGUCAUCAGAGGCAAGUGCUGUUUACAUUUCGUUAUCAGAUCACAUAGCAUUUGUCUAGUUAGUUCACUGCAUUUAUCCUGUAUUUUCCUAUUGCAUAAAGUCAGGUAGUUAAAAUCUGAGCAUCUUUUGUCUGCUUUUAUUACAAAGGAUUUUAUUGGAUUGUACAUGAUGCAGGAAAUAAUGUUUUUGUAGGAAUGCAUCACUUCCUUGUGUGUAGAUGCAAAUCCUAGCAUAUUGUUUGCUCAAGGCAUAUUCCACAACAUAAUGUUUCCGUGAUAUGAAGUUUUCUAUUUGGAAUAAUUCCAUCUGAACAAAUGUAUUUAUAGUAGGGGUUUUUUUAAUGUAACAGCUGAAUCUUUGCCCCAGGGUGGCAGUGUCCUUCUUUACUUCUCUUUAGAAUACGUGCUUGGAGUAGGUUGUACAAUCUGGAAGAUCACAAAUGAAGUUCUGUUAUUUGGUGUGUUUGCCCUUUGUCAGAAUUAGAAAAUAAAAGAUCAUUUCUAGAAGUCCUGCUGGUAUCCAUAUUGAAAAUAUAUAGCAUGCUAGAUGGAAUAUGUCUGGUAAUUGUAAGACAACAAUAUUGAUCUCUGCUUGUUUUUCUUUCAGAAUGUGGUGGUAAAAUGCACCUAAGAGAAGGUGAAUUUGAAAAGGCACAUACUGAUUUCUUUGAAGCAUUCAAGAAUUAUGAUGAAUCAGGGAGUCCAAGAAGAACCACUUGCUUAAAAUAUUUGGUCCUAGCAAACAUGCUGAUGAAGUCUGGAAUAAACCCAUUUGACUCUCAGGAGGUACAGUUGUCAGUUUCUUACUGCUUGUAUGAAGGCAAUUAGCAUAAACCUUUUAGUUGGUAUCUAAAUAUGCUUAUUGUUGUUUCUGUCCUGUUCAGGCAAAACCAUACAAAAAUGAUCCAGAGAUUCUAGCAAUGACAAAUUUAGUAAGGUAAGAGCUAGUUUCCCUUAAGGGCAAAGCUAGAAGCAAAUUUUAAUCUAAAUAAUCUAGUGAGCUGUAGAAACAAACUCAAAAGUUGGUGUCAAAAUUACCCUUAACAGAAGAAAGUUUACCAAAUCUCAGAUUUUCAAAAUGUGCUGAAGACAUACUCACAUUCCGUUUUACUGUAAAUGAGAUUGCACUGAAUAGUAAAAUCCUUAUUCUCUGCAUACAAGCCAGGAGCCACAGAACCAUUCAGCUAACCCCAGGCCCUAUGAAAGAAUAAAAAAUGUGUGUUUGUCAAACCCCUAUCCUCCCCUAAUACCACAUGGCAAGCUAUUCUUGAAACAGGGGACUUCCAAAAGUAGUUUCUGUUGUUGUGGUAUGGAGGUCUGCUGAAAGAGAAGUACACUCACUUUGCCCAAGCCUUCGGUCAUACUUAGCAAUUUGAAUACUCACCUUCAGUUUCUGUUGAUCCUCGGAAACUGGGGGGUAAAGCUCACUAUAGAUAUUGUUUUCACCUCUGUUUGGAUCAGAGCAAUCAAAUUCUGUUAUCUGUUUUUUUUCCUAAUUGACUAAAUUGUAAUAUAGUGCACAUGCUCUCUUUCUCACUUGAAGUGCCUAUCAGAAUAACGACAUCACUGAAUUUGAGAAGAUUCUGAAGACAAAUCACAGUAACAUCAUGGACGAUCCCUUCAUAAGGGAACACAUUGAAGGUAUAGCUGUGAAGAAGUCUUGUGAUUUUAGCCAGCCCGAGCUCCUCAUCCAUGUCCACAAUGUAUAAAAAAAAUGCCUUCUUUUGUAGCGAAAGCAUGAUAAAAAUGUAACCGAAAUAAUAAUUUGUGCUAGAUAAGGCUGAAUAAAAUGAUUUUGCAAAACAAAAAAUGACAGGAGUUUGACUGGAAGAAGAAAAAAAUAGAUUUUAAGUAUUAACAAUUUGUACUGGCCGCUGAGUAGCUUACCUGUGUUGGGGUUGGGAGAAGGAACCAUACAUUGCAGCUUCAUGAUGGUACAUCAGAAAGAGUCUCCCUGAUUAUCUGUGAGACUAGCGCACUGUCCCACACAGCUGUUCGCUGGUGGGCUGGAGUGUAUUGGAGUGUAUUGGACCUGGUUGGCAGGGAAACCAGGACAUACGCUGAUCCUAACCACCAACAUGGGCAAUCCAGGAGACAUCUGCCCAGUUGCUCCAGUGGCUGGAAUGGAGCAGAGGGAGCAUACAUAAUUCAUCACUGAAGCUUUAGAGUAGCCUUUCUCAACCUUGAGUCCCCAGAUGUUGGACUACAACUCCCAUCAUCCCUAGCUAGCAGCACCAGUAGUCAGGAAUGAUGGGAGUUGUAGUCCCAACAGCAUCUGGGGACCCAAGCUUGAGAAAGGCUGCUUUCAAGGAUGAGUGGGAGGGGUGGCCCAGGGAGGAAAUAAAGUGUGACUAACCUCCUCGCCUCUGAUCCAAUAUAUCAUGGGGCAGCCGAAGGUAUAGGGCAACCUUUGUGUUACAGUUGUGAUGUUAUACUCCUCUGCUAUUGGAGGCCUGGCCUCUAAUGAACUAUACUAACAAUCAGUAUCCUUUUCAGCUCAGUGUGUCUUGAGUAGCUGUUAACUAAAGAUGCCAGGAAUUGAACCUGGUGACAUUUACUUGGGAAACUUUCAGUUUCUACUGGUUGAUGCCCAGUUUGUUUCCAAACUGAGCUACCAUUUGAGUUAGGGGGAAAGCCUUAGUAGCAUUUAAAUACAGUUGAAUAAUUUGUUAGUUUGAUUUAAAUUUCACAUGAAUUCCCAGCUGGAAACGUCAUUUGAGAGUACAUUCUUAGGGUUUGAUAUACAGUCCAAUGCAUCUGUAAAAGUGUAGUGAUCGCUAGAUAUAAAAUUAGACCUAUGCAUUUGCUUUUAUCUAAAGUGCUUUCAUUGUAUUCAUACGGUAAUUACUUUGCUUUUGUUCUUUUCCAGAACUUUUGCGAAACAUCCGAACACAAGUGCUUAUAAAAUUAAUUAAGCCUUACACAAGAAUACAUAUUCCUUUUAUUUCUAAGGUAUUUGAACACACUGUCUCCAGAGGAUUACACUUAAAUCUGCUUACAAAAACUGCAUCUUGAUAUUUUUUUCUCUUGGAGGUUUUAACAGCUGGCCAACUUGUCGUUUGCUACUUCCCUUCCAGAUGCCAGGGUUGUGAGAGAUGCUGUAAAUCCCAGAGGAGCACAGCAUAAGUUUAGGGUGAUACUGGGUUGCGAUGAGAUGAUUUUUUGGCUCAAAUGUUAUGGGCAGGGGUCAGCAAAAGGAGCGGCUCAAAAACCGAUUGCAGUUUUUUGUGGGAAGAAAAUUCUGUUAAUUUGUGGCGGUAGGGCUUACAAUUAGUGAUGCCCCCCCUCCACACACACCCUUUGUUCUUUCUUGGCUUGCCACUGCUACAAAUGUCAAUGGCAGCAAAUUUUCUAACAGCUCCCACCUCUAGCAACUGCCCUCUUUCACCCAGCGGUGCAUGAUGCUACAUCAUGAUGUGCACUUGUUUCAAUAGGGCAUUCUGGAGUGAAAUGGGUGCCUGCCGAUAUUAUGGUUGUUACUUGCAGCAGGGGCAAACUAGAGUUUUCAAAGGAACAGAAAUCAAAGUGGGACGGUCUGGUGAAUAACAGUCAACUACUGCCAACUCAAAUUAUUUUCUGUAUUUGCUACUCCUAAAUGGAGGGGGAGAGAUGCAAAUUUGAGAUCAACACUGCUGUUGGAUGCACAUUCCUCUUCCUCACAAACCUGUGAAAUUACAUCUGUGAAAGAUAAGUUUGAAAAGCUGUGGUCGGUGCCUUCUAACUUCUCAAAAGCCAGACAGGAGGCUGAAGUGGAAUUGCAGUGGGUACAGAGGCCUGCACAGCUACUUUUUCUUCAGCUGAGCUGGCAAAAUCAAAAUUAAUUAGGCAGAUAUGGUUAUUUGCACAAUUUAUGACAGAAUUCAGUUUUCAUUGGCUUUAUUUUAAAAUGUGAAAGGCAAAGCCAUGGUUUAUGCUAGCUAGUUAAAAGCCCAUGCCAUUAUUGGAACUUCCAGAUGUGCAACAAGAAAAACAAUGGUACAGUUGUACCUUCGUUCUCGAACGUAAUCCGUUCCGGAAGUCCGUUUGACUUCCGAAACGGUUCGAAAACCAAGGCACGGCUUCCAAUUGGCUGCAGGAGCUUCCAGCAUUCAAGUGGAAGCCGUGUCGGAUAUUCAGCUUCUGAAAAACGUUUGAAAACCAGAACACUUCUGGGUUUUCAGCGUUCGGGAGCCAAAAAGUAUGAGUAUCAAGGCGUUCGAGAACCAAGGUGUAACUGUAUAGAGUGGCUUUCCUUCCUUCUUUCUGCUCAGAAUUCAGCUUCAUUGGUUUCACUCCAGUCUCCAUGGUGCAGCAGCCGCUUGGUCAUAAUUGGUGUCAGUAGUUUGUGAAAACCAUGGUUUGCAGUUCAGCUUCAAACUCUUUGGCUUAGAUACAUUUUAAAAUGUAUAGCUAAAAAAAAAACAUGAUUUUGCAUUACAUCUGAACCCGGCCCCUGUCCCUCUCUCAACAGCCUGACCUGUACAUAGGUUUUACUAUUGCAAGUCAAGUCAAGAUAACUAUAACUGAUUCUGCUGUUUGUGUUAAAACUUUCCUACCCUUUCCUUGACCGUCAUAUAUACCCACUUGUAUCUUUCCUCAACCUGAUGUGCUCCAAAUGUUGUUGGAUUUAAACCCCAGAUAGCACGGCCAGAUGUCAGGGUGCUGGAAUUAUAGUCCAAGCAUCUUUUUAAAAAAAAUUCUUUAAAAAAACAUUUAUUCAAAAGUUACAAUAGUCCAAACUUAUUGAGGUCACAAAGUUGGGAAUACUGGUUUAUAGUAUUGAGCUAUAAGUGUACUGCCAGCAGCAACCCGCAGUGCUGACUCUAAAGGCUUUCAUCUGCUCAUCCUUCCUUUCCCAGUGAUCAUACUGGUAUUGACGUUAUAUGUUUAACUUCACCCUUGCUUUCCUAGAUAAAGAAACAAAUUGCUUACUACCCAAAGCUACGUUGAUAUUUAAUACCUCUUUUCUCCCUUAGGAGUUAAACAUAGAUGUAGCUGAUGUGGAGAGCUUGCUUGUGCAGUGUAUACUGGAUAAGUGAGUAUUUUUCCCCCUUCCUUUUUGAGUACUGAAUGUUUUUUUUAAAUGUUUAUUUAUAGCAGGGGUGGGGAACUGGAUUGGGCCAGAUCCUUACCUCCCCCUGCCUGCUAAAAACAUUUUUAGGGAGGCGGGUGGUGCUGUGGUCUAAACCACAGAGCCUAGGGCUUGCUGAUCAGAAGGUCGGUGAUUCGAAUCCCUGCGAUGGGGUGAGCUCCCGUUGUUCGGUCCCAGCUGCUGCCCAGCUAGGAGUUUGAAAGCAUGUCAAGUGCAAGUAGAUAAAUAGGUACUGCUCUGGUGGGAAGGUAAACGGUGUUUCCAUGCACUGCUCUGGUUCACCAGAAGUGGCUUAGUCAUGCUGGCCACAUGACCCGGAAGCUGUCUGCGGACAAACGCCGGCUCCCUCAGCCUAUAAAGUGAGAUGAGCACCACAACCUCAGAGUCGUCCGCAACCUUUACCUUUAAAAACAUUUUUAUUUAGACAAGCCUAUUCAGAUGCUUAGGAAGUUGAGGUAAUUAUAAUCUGUUUAACUUUUGCAUGUUUUAAAGUACUGUUGUAAUUUUUUCUUUUUAUGUUUUUGGAAACAGCUGAGGUUUUUGUUUUUUUUAAAAAUAAUAAUAAGCAAGCCGUGUAUAAAUUUUAUGAAAUAAAUCAUAAAAAUAUCCUACUCAUAUUCAGUAAAUUAGGAGUGUCCCAUGGACUUGUACAUGCCUUGUUAACCCCACCCUUCCCUUUUUGACCCUCACCAGAGUUAAUCUGAGCCAGGGCCUAUUAACCAUAGUUAGUUUGCAAACUUUAGUUUGUAGCCUUAAUAUAAUUCCGCUACAGAAAGAGGAGUUGAGGGAACUGGAGAUGUCAGGAGGGAGGGGAAGGACGCUAUGAGCCCAUUGUUGUGUUCUUGACCUCCUGGCCAUGAGUGGAAACACUCAUAAUUUGCAUCAGCUUGUGUUGUCUGGAACAUUCAUAACUUUGCACCAACCUGUAUUACCUAUGUUGUAGGACUCACUUUAAUAUUUCUUGUUUUGUCUCUUGCUUUAGCACUAUUCAUGGCCGAAUUGAUCAAGUCAAUCAACUCCUUGAGCUGGAUCAUCAGAAGAGGGGUGGAGCACGGUAUACUGCGUUAGAUAAAUGGACCAACCAACUAAAUUCUCUCAAUCAGGCCGUAGUCAGCAAGCUGGCUUAACCAACAACAGGCAAUUACAAAAUGUACUUAAGGCAACAGCGCAGUGAUGUAAACCUUAAAAACUGGGAAUGGCAAAACUACUGUCGGUUGGUGUGCCCUGAAAUUAUUGGAGUUAAUGGCAGAAGUGCUUUUUUGAUCAGCUGGUUUGUGUUUUGCUGCUGCAUUUAUCCCAAGAAAAAACAGCUUUAAUCUCCAGAAGAAAACCAAAUGCCACGGGAUUUAUGCUGUGUUGACAUCUUGCCCUCACCAUGCAACACCCUAAUAAUUUGUCAAGGGGCAACUAAUGACCAGAGCGAAGGUUUUGUUUGUCAUGAUUUUAAAUACACUGACACGUUCCUGUUGGUUUAAAUUUAAACAUAUUUUACCUGCAGAAAAAAGAAAUCUCACAAAAAAAUAACCUGCAAUAACUUGAAAUGCAUACCCUUUUGAACACUUCCUUUUUCUCAUGUAUAAAUCAGAACGUUUGCUGCAUUUUGCAAAAUGUCAAUUCUCCAAAAAUGUGUCCGUAUAUUUCUGUACCUGCAGUGUAGUAAAGGUUUAGAAGAAACCCCGUAAUUAUGGUGGCAUACUGUCACUUAGGUUUCAAGCAGCAAAAAUAAACAGUGCAGUUCAGAAAUUGUAGAGUUUUUGUUUCUUGAUGUGUUUUUCCUUAUGUGGCUGGCUUGUGUUUAAGAGAUUCAGGGAGAGUGUUGUUGCCUUCUGCCUGUAUUUUGAAAGCACUCUGAAGGUCAGGGGCACCAUCUACAAAGCUGUGCUGCUAAACAACUGCAAUCUGUCAAAGGGGCUUAUGUGAAACUUCCACACAUGCCACAUUUUCUUAGUGCAAGCCUAUUACUGCCUGCUCUGUGGCUAGUCAGUCACUCCACUGGGAUCUACCCUUUCAGUUUCAAAGAAGAAUGUUCUUGCUAAACAUAGUUAGUGUCAAACCACAUUUUGCAGCUGGAGUUAGAAUGGGUUUGUAGACUGGCUGAACUAAAUUUAGUUAAUGAAAAUACAAGUGCAGAUGUAAUCUUAACCAUAUUAGCUCUGAAACUGAAAGGGAGGUGGGAAAUGUCCACAUUGGGUUGCAAACCUGUGGGAUGCACUUAAUUAUCUAAUGUGAUUAGCUAAUUGUGCAACAGUUUAGCAGGCUGCACCUAUUAACUUAAAUUUUGCACGUGUGUUUAAGUAUUACUCUUUGGUAUUUAUAUGCAAACGCUACUGAUCAAGCAUUACCAAUUUAACUGUUUGCUAAUGUACAACCCUUUCUUAAGAGUGUCCUGGCCACUGUUGUUUUGGCACAUCACAGAACUGGAUUUUUAAAUCUUGGAUUUAGAUAAACAUGGGCUGUGGUUGAUGGGAUUGCUCAGACAAGUGGUGCCAAAUGGAAGUUAGUGGUUUUACUCUUUUUAAAAGAGUAAAAGGGGAAGAAGAAGAAAAGGGGAAGAAACUAUAAAUAAAAACUGUAGAUACUUAAGACCAGCAUUCAGGAGUCAUACCUGAUGGCUAUGGAGUCAGAAUUGGUCUUUUCAUAUAAGGAUUUCUGAAGUGGCAGGUGAACUAAAGACAGUUCUUUCACAGUCUGCCAAUAGGAAGCAGUAGAGGGUAUUUCAAAGCAUUAUUGCAGCUGAGACUGUUAGGUUUCCAUAUGGAAUCUGAUAGAAUAUGGUUAACAGAAGUAAAACUUUGAAAAUGAGUGUUGGUCGGCUUUUUGUUCUUUUCAUAGUAAAUUCCUAGAAUUGAGGGGAUGUGGUUGUGGGAAUAUUUCUGAAAGCCUGCAGAGUGCGUCCAAAGAUGGAGUUUUUGUCCUGCCUGCCCUUGCUUCUCCUCCUCUUCCAUGUCCUGCAGCUGCUUCCCAUUCUGUAUCCUUAUGUCUUCCCUUUGUACUGGCAGCACUGGUGAAAGGAAUAAUCCUGGUUCAUACAUUUUAGAUGUCUUGUAAACUUUCCCUUCCACCCUCACAUGGCAUCCCUUUUGAGAACAUGCUGGAUCAAGCAAAGUACUGUUUUAUAACCCGAUGUCUCUGAGAGGAGGAGCGCUACAGGCGAUAUGCCUACCAAGAUUUUUUUACUUUUUUGCAGUGAUGUCCCUUGUUGGUUUUGUUUUUUUGAGCCACCGCAGUCUUGAAAAUUGCAGCGGCCAUGUGUACAGCUGCCAUGUAGAGGCACUGUUGCGUUCGAAUGUUGCCUCCGCAUGAUGCUGGCUAGAAGCUCACUGGUGCCUUCACGUGCUAUCAGGUAUGUGAGCAGGACCAAAUAAUUUCUUACUGCUUGUAUAACACACUAUAUAGUAGUGCAUUCAAUCCCUAGGCCAAUAGCUUUCAAACUUCUGCCAUGGAAAUCCUGCAUGUUGCAGAGCAUUCUGAAAAAUGUUCUAGUGCACAUCAAGCUCUCAGGAGGUAUUGUUGUUCCACAUGAACUGAAAAUACAUUCUAGAAGAUGCCUUAACAAUCCCUUGUGUGCUAUGCAGCACAGCACAGGUUUCAGACAAUGGUACCUGGAACACAAUUGCAAUGUGUCUCCUCCCCACUCUUAAAAAAAAAAGCCCACAUAGGUAACUGGAGUUGUUUGUUUGUUAUUUACUUGAGAUUUAAACAAUGAGAAUUUUAUUGUCCAGGGCUGAAUUACGUACUGUGUAUCCAAAUGGAUUCCCCACCUCCUUCCAUUAAACAUUACGCAAAUCUGGGAAA